AUGCAAUUUGUCACCAUUCGAUCAUUAUUAUUGCAUUGAAUCGCCAUAAUUGAUCUGUUGAUUCGAAGGACGUUUGCGUACGAAUCGUCGUCGCUUCGAGGCGAUUCGUCAGAUGUUUUUUGUGGAGGAUCAUCAAGUAGUGCUCAUUCGUCGACAUCUUCUGCUUCAUCGACAUUAUUUGCUGCUUCAUCGCCCUCGCAAGCCACUUCCAACAACAACAACGACAAUAGUAACGCAAUGUCGUCAACAACACAACAAAAUUCCGUUUCAUCACGACGCAAACAAGCCAAACCACAACGUCUCUCCACUGAACUCGACGUGAAUACGCAACUGGCCAAUAUUACUGCUGGAACAGCACCUAGUAGUGCACUUGCCAAUGUUGAAUGGGGUUUGAAGAUAGAAGAUAUAUCUCGGAAUCCUCUCUUCCGUGAGCUAGGCUUUCACGAGUUGUUCAGCAAUGCAAUGCAAUGA